ACCAGCCAAGAUCUCUAAAAUGCCCAUUGUACGGCAUCUUUUCUCCUCUUUUACUUUUAAGGGCAAUUAGGUCGCAUUAUACCCCCAUCGCAACUGCCUUAUCUAUAUUUUGACUUUUCCGCGGUCGCUCCUUCUCAAAAGUGUUAUUUACCACUGACAACCGCGGUUGCUAGGUCACAUUGGUCCUCCUUGUGUCCUGCGCCAACACUCUGACACGUCAGCAUCAGCACGUACCAAGAGAGCUGAUUGAGCUUGGCGGGCAUCUAUUUCCGUUAUAAUAAUUGGACUCCGCAAGUUCUCAUAACCGACGUUCCCAAGAACAGUUCUCGCAGCCAUGAGCCACCCAUCCAAAGAUAAUCAAGGUGGCAGUAGUAAAGACGACAAUCCGGGUGCCUCUGCCAGCAGAUGGCGCCAUCAAGAGUCUUCCAGGUAUGCCCGACACGCCGCCGCCGCCGCCGCCGGCACUGUUGGCAACCCGCCGCACAGCGAGGUCCGCCCCGCCAACGCGCACACCGGCACGAGCGACCUCACGAGCUUCCUGAACACUACACGAAUUGAGGGCACAGGCCCACCUCUCGCUGAUGCGAGUGGCUAUGCGCCGCCGCCGGGGGGGAAUAGGCCGUACCACCCCAUCGCGGCCGACGGUUACGGGGGGUUUGACGGCGCGAACGAGCGCGUGGCUACGGCCAAUGCACCACCGCCUGUUGGACUUGGUGGUGCUGACGUCCGGCCGACUACAGUAUACGUGGAAGUUGUUGACGGGAGGGAGGUUAGCUGCGGACCUCUGUUGAACUACAGACGAAUGGAGGGUAACGUAUGGUUUGGAAGUGUCCUCAUAGUCGUUCGGGGGGGUGUUACCAGGCCAGCGGACCACGCAUGGGUUCCCGAGCUUCUGCUGAAGAAGCUCGCGCCGAGAAGACCAGAAGAGUUGGUGCAACCGGUGGGCCAUAUCUAUGCAUCGCGACAAGGCCAGGGCACAGAAUAUGACACUCCCAUUGAUGCCAGCAUCAAGGGAGAGCUGCUCUACUCUGAUUUGCGUAACAGAUUCUGGAGAUUCAACAUUGCUCUCGAAAUGGAGGAGCUCGAGGCAGAGUGGGCCUACCAGAUUCCAUUGCUGCGAUUCCCGAGCGAUGGAAAGACUGAUCGCCAGAGCUUUUGGGUGCCUUCGAUCAAUGAGUCCAUGCGCAUCAUGUUCCAUUCUUGCAAUGGUUUCUCGGUUGGAACAGAUGAGGAUGCUUGGAGUGGCCCGGCGUUAUGGAACGACGUGCAGAGGGUCCACAGCCAAACGCCUUUCCAUGUCAUGAUCGGUGGAGGUGAUCAGAUUUACAACGACGGCAUCAGAGUCCACGGGCCAUUGCGAGAGUGGACUUCCAUCUCGAACCCGAGGAAGAGAAGAGAGUACGCUUUCUCAGAAACUCUACGCAAGGAUUGUGACGACUAUUACGUCGACAACUAUAUUAGAUGGUACUCAACAGAACCAUUCGCAAGUUCUAACGGCCAGAUUCCCCAGCUCAAUCUUUGGGACGAUCAUGAUAUUAUUGAUGGCUUUGGCAGUUAUGUCAGCAAUUUCAUGCAAUGCGACGUCUUCCGAGGAAUUGGUGGCACCGCUUACAAGUACUACCUACUGUUCCAGCACCACCUUCCCCCACCUGUCUCAACAUAUACGACCGAUGCGCCUCAAACUAUGAAUAACGACGGUACUGGAGUUGGUGUUGACCCAGUUCAGAUGAGAGGCACCUUCGUGAAGCAGAAUGACCAGAUGGAUCCCAGCUACGUCAUUGGACGCCAGCCUGGGCCAUACGUCGCCGAGCACUCGAGAAGCAUCGUCACUAGGCUUGGAGCAAGAAUCGCCUUCUUUGGAUUGGAUGCUAGAACUGAACGUACUAGACGUCAAGUCAACUACCCGGAAACUUACCAGUUGAUUUUUGAUAGAAUCUCGAGCGAACUCGCAGCGGCAGCAGCUUCUGAGAAACCCAUUAAGCACUUGGUCGUUCUUCUGGGAAUCCCCAUUGCAUAUCCUCGCCUAACGUGGGUGGAGAACAUCCUCUCCAGCCCACUCAUGGGCCCCGUCAAGUUCCUUAACAAGCGUUUCGGUUUUGGUGGAGGCUUCAUCAACAGGUUUGAUGGCUCUGUUGAUCUUGUUGAUGACUUGGAUGAUCAUUACACAGCACAUCGGCACAAGGCCGAGCGCUUGCAACUAGUCAAGAUGUUGCAAGACCUCUCUGGCACUUACGGUGUUCGUGUAACGAUUCUCUCUGGCGAUGUGCAUCUUGCUGCCGUUGGCCGCUUCUAUGCAAACCCCAAACUGGGCAUACCUGUUGAAGAAGACUCACGCUACAUGGCAAACAUUGUGUCUUCUGCCAUUGUCAACAAGCCGCCACCAGCUGCUAUCGCCAAUCUGUUGCAUCAUCAAAAUAAAAUCCACCAUCUCGACAAGGAGACGGAUGAGACUCUAAUAAAGAUGUUUGAUCGCGAGCCAGGACAAGUGCCAAAGAAGUCCUCAUCGAACAAGGUUACGAUGCCCAGCAGAAACUGGACUAUGAUCACCGAGUGCUCAGCCACCACCGCUCGCGUCAACCAAGUCCGCAACAGGACAGAGUCUAUCCCUGUCCCUAUCACAGAGAUGGACGGUUCUGUUGACCCUGAUCUAAUUGCAGCAACUUCGCACACCAUUGCCACAGGUGGCGCAGCGCUGACACCGGCGAGUGAUGCACCGGCGAGUGAUGCACCGGCAGGGGGAUCUACAGUUGCUGCCACUACCUCGGGCAAGGUAAACAAGAAGGCAGGGAUGCUUCCCCUUGGCCCAGGAGAGGCCGAGUUUGGAACCAUAAACCGCGCUGCGGACCCCUUGGUUCAUGGCUAUUCUGGCGACGGAGCCCUCGAUGUGGCCAUCCGUGUCGAGAAGGACCAGCAUGAUCCUUCCGGCCAGACGCAGUCGUACGGCAUCUUCAUCCCGACCCUGACCAUAGCCACCCCGAUACCGACCAUCCCCGUGCUUCGCGACUGGGCGACGAACUUUGGUGGUGGACACCGCCGCUCGAGAAAUAGCCUGGGGAGCCGCUUCGGAAGCAUUGGUAGCAGGGCUGGGAGCGCCGCCGGUAGCAGACCUGCCACUGCCGCUUAGUGAGGAUUGAGAGGUGAGAGCUGAAGAGCUUUGGAGUGGAGGUAUUCCGGUGUAUUUAUAUUCUUUGAUGGGGAGAGGGAGAGGGCUCUGAGUGCGCGUGCUUUUUUUGUUUACUGUUUUUUUUAUACUAUACCUAGGGAGACGGUUAUGCACGGGAUGAUGCGGGAAAUAAAUGCGCUUUGUAAUGCGGCGGUGGAAAGGGUAAAAGUGCAGAAAGUGUAUUGUAGGCAGUACAGUAUUACGUAUAAAUACGAUGUUCUUUGUUAAAAA